AAGAACAAGGAUCUACAAAAAACGUACUAUUGAUAAUUCUGAUGAGCGCUACGAAUAUGAUGAUCACGACAAUGAUUAUUAUAACCGUAAUAAUGAUAGUAAUCACGGAAAUAGCCUUGGCUUUGAUCACGAUAACAAUAAUCACCAUAAUGAUAGUAAUGACAUUUUUGCUCCUGAAAUUCAAGAAGGUCGUCUCAAUGAUGAUAGACAAAGAGCUCAUUCUGCCAUUCCCGUAAUUAAAAAAAUUCACCAUCGUAAUGAGUCAACAAUUUCAGUAGAUGAAGAAUUGAUAGAUCCAGCUGAACAAACGGAGACGAACCAGAUUAUUACGCUAGAUCAAUCGAAUUCUAAUACUUCUAAUUCCCAAACUCGAUCAAGAAGAUAUUCAUCAAGUCCACCAUCUUUACAAUUGUUCACGCCCAAUGAAAAAACCAACGGUAAUAAUGAUGCUGGAAAAGAAUUUGAGGGUUCAAUACUAUUAACUAUGUUGUUUCGAAAAGUAUGUCAUGCAGAAACACAGAUGAUUAAUGUUAAUCAUGAGAAAAUUUCGUGCUGGUAUCAUUAUAGUAAAGGAUACAUGGAGAGGGUAGAUGCUACUAUGAAUUUUCAGGGAUGUAGUGAAAAAACGGUUUGGAAAGUAGUAUACGAUAACAUUAUGCAACAUCUUCCUAGCUUUAAUAGAAAUACC